ACACAGAACACGGGUCUGCUGGAAAAGCAUGCUCUAAAGUAUCGCCAUAAGUUCAGACACCAGCCGGCAGUAAUCAGUUUGAAAAAGCAUUUAAACGUUAUAACAUGCCGUCAGUGUCGGAAGUUAUGUCGAUUCGAGGUGAACACGACUGUUUUCUUUUGCUAGAAAAUGGUUCUAUUUUUCCCGGCAGAAGUUUUGGAGCCCACGUGCCUGUGGAUGGAGAAGUUGUUUUUCAAACUGGUAUGGUUGGAUAUCCAGAAUCAUUGACAGACCCAUCUUACCACGCUCAAAUAUUAGUAUUGACUUAUCCAUUAAUUGGUAAUUACGGAGUACCAGGAGACGAAAAAGAUGAGCAUGGACUACCUUACUGGUUCGAAUCAGACAAAAUAUGGGCAGCGGGUCUCAUUGUCGGAGAAAUAUGCGACACGCCGAGUCACUGGCGUCAGACUAAAACCUUGUCCCAGUGGAUGGUGGAACAAAAAAUACCGGGAAUCUGCGAAAUAGAUACCCGAGCACUGACUAAAGUUAUCCGUGAAAAAGGAAGUAUUUUAGGAAAAAUAAUCCAUGGACAGCCGCCAGCGACUGUCACUGAAAUUCCAUUGAUACCGAACCCAAAUGACAGGAACCUCGUUGCCGAGGUAUCGCGUAAAUCACCGGUUACUUUUAACCCUCAAGGCAGCCCUAGAAUCUGCGUUGUCGACUGCGGACUAAAGUACAACCAAAUUCGAUGUUUUUUGAACCGCGGAGCUCGAGUGGAUGUCGUUCCAUGGGAUUAUGAUCUUACGAAGGACAAUUAUGAUGGAUUAUUUUUAAGCAAUGGACCUGGUGACCCAUCAGUGUGCCAAGUAACAGUUGACAACCUUCGUCGAGUGAUGUCAACAAAAAAAAUUCCUAUUUUUGGUAUCUGUAUGGGUCAUCAGUUAUUGUCACUUGCUGCCGGUUGUAAAAGCUACAAAAUGACUUACGGUAACCGCGGUCACAAUCAGCCGGCACUUCAUCUAACAACCGGACGAUGCUACAUGACUUCGCAGAAUCAUGGGUUCGCUAUUGACACUAACCAAUUGCCCGAAGCCUGGGAGCCGCUUUUCACCAACGCGAAUGACAACAGCAAUGAGGGAAUUGUCCAUACAAGUCUGCCAUAUUUUUCAGUACAAUUUCAUCCUGAGCAUACAGCUGGACCGCAAGACCUCGAAUGCUUGUUCGACGUGUUCCUAGACGCUACGAGAUACCAGAUGAAAAAUACCACAGUGGAGUAUAAUAUCAAAGAUAAAUUAACGGAGAAACUGGUGUACAUACCUGACAGCGAAGAAGCACAUACUAGACCAAAGAAAGUAUUGAUUCUAGGAUCUGGUGGUCUCAGUAUCGGUCAAGCCGGGGAGUUCGAUUACUCUGGGUCCCAGGCCAUCAAGGCACUUCGUGAAGAAUCAAUCCAAACAGUUCUCAUCAAUCCAAACAUCGCAACUGUACAGACGUCCAAGGGAAUGGCUGACAAAGUUUAUUUCCUGCCGAUUAUUCCUCUUUAUGUUGAGCAGGUCAUAAGAUCCGAGAGACCUGAUGGCGUUUUGCUGACUUUCGGCGGUCAGACGGCACUGAACUGUGGUGUCGAACUCGAAAAAUCAGGAGUAUUUAGUAAGUACGGUGUAAAAAUACUUGGUACGCCAAUUCAAUCAAUUAUUGACACUGAGGAUCGUAAAAUAUUUAGCGAAAAAGUAAAUGAUAUCAAGGAACGAGUCGCACCAAGUGCUGCUGUCUAUUCUAUCCAAGAAGCUAUGGAGGCUGCUGAGAAGUUGGGUUAUCCAGUGAUGGCACGCGCGGCAUUUUCACUCGGCGGUCUCGGUUCUGGUUUUGCGAACAACAAAGAAGAACUGAGAGUUCUAGCCCAGCAGGCACUCGCUCACUCAAGCCAGCUGAUAAUCGACAAGUCGCUGAAAGGCUGGAAGGAAGUGGAGUACGAGGUUGUCAGAGAUGCCUAUGACAACUGCAUUACCGUCUGCAACAUGGAGAAUGUCGAUCCUCUGGGUAUUCAUACGGGAGAAUCAAUCGUCGUGGCGCCGAGUCAAACGCUGUCUAACCGCGAGUACAAUAUGCUGCGUACAGUUGCCAUAAAAGUUAUCAGACACUUUGGAAUUGUUGGUGAAUGCAAUAUUCAGUAUGCCCUCAAUCCUUUUUCUGAAGAAUACUACAUCAUUGAAGUAAACGCCAGGUUGUCUAGAAGCUCGGCUCUUGCUAGCAAAGCAACUGGUUAUCCACUUGCUUAUGUCGCAGCUAAAUUAUCACUAGGAAUUCCUCUGCCCAAGAUAAACAAUUCAGUCACCAGCAAAACCACCGCUUGCUUUGAGCCCAGUUUGGACUACUGCGUGGUUAAAAUUCCGCGAUGGGACUUGAGCAAAUUCCAGAGAGUCAGCACUAAAAUCGGAAGCUCGAUGAAGAGUGUGGGCGAAGUGAUGGCAAUCGGUCGCAAGUUUGAAGAGGCAUUUCAAAAAGCUCUUCGUAUGGUUGAUGAAAAUGUCACCGGAUUUGAUCCUUAUAUAAAACCACUCAAUGAUGACGAGUUGGAGAAACCAACUGACAAGAGAAUGUUUGUAUUGGCUGCGUCAAUAAAAGCUGGGUACUCAAUAGAUCGGCUGUAUGAGCUGACAAAAAUUGACCGAUGGUUUCUACAGAAAAUGAAAAAUAUUAUUUCGUAUUAUGAAUUGCUCGAAGGUCUGGGUCAGGGCAUCCUCUCUCAUGCGGUCUUGCUGGGAGCUAAACAAAUUGGAUUCUCUGACAAGCAGAUAGCUGCCGCUAUUAAGAGCUCAGAGCUGGUGGUACGAAAGCAAAGAAAGGAAAGUAAUAUUCGCCCGUUUGUUAAGCAAAUAGACACUGUUGCUGCCGAGUGGCCAGCGACGACAAAUUAUCUCUAUCUGACUUACAAUGGAUCCACUCAUGACGUAGACUUCCCAGCAGGCUACACUAUGGUCAUUGGUUCAGGUGUCUAUCGUAUCGGAAGCUCUGUAGAGUUCGACUGGUGUGCUGUAAGCUGUCUCAAGGAGCUCCGGAACCUAGGCCGUAAAACAAUAAUGGUAAAUUACAAUCCAGAGACAGUCAGUACCGACUACGACAUGUCCGACCGACUUUACUUUGAAGAAAUAUCAUUUGAAGUUGUCAUGGACAUUUACGACCACGAGAAUCCGGAAGGAAUUAUUUUGUCAAUGGGAGGACAACUGCCCAACAAUAUUGCCAUGGAUUUGCAUCGUCAGCAAGCGCGAAUCCUCGGGACAUCACCAGAGUCUGUUGACGGAGCAGAAAAUCGUUUCAAAUUCUCUCGAAUGCUCGACAGAAUCGGAAUUUCGCAGCCUCGGUGGAAGGAACUGACGAAUCUCCAGUCGGCAAUCGAGUUCUGCGAAGAAGUCGGCUAUCCUUGUCUCGUUAGACCCUCGUACGUGCUAAGUGGGGCGGCCAUGAACGUCGCUCAUUCACACCAAGACCUCAAGUCGUAUUUAAAAAACGCGAGCGACGUCAGCAAAGAACAUCCGGUUGUUAUUUCGAAAUUUAUUCUCGAAGCUAAAGAAAUAGACGUCGACGCGGUUGCUUAUGAAGGAGUUAUUCUGUGCAUGGCCGUGUCAGAGCACGUGGAGAACGCUGGCGUCCACUCAGGAGAUGCCACACUGGUGACUCCGCCGCAGGAUAUAAAUCCCGAGACUUUGGCUAAGAUUAAAAUCAUUUCUCGAGCCAUCGCCGGGUCUCUCGAGGUCACUGGUCCAUUCAACAUGCAGCUGAUAGCUAAAGACAAUGAGCUCAAAGUAAUUGAGUGCAAUGUCCGAGUCUCCAGAUCAUUUCCAUUUGUUUCAAAAACUCUGAACCACGAUUUCGUAGCCACAGCUACGCGUUUAAUCGUCGGCGAAACAGUAGAUCCCGUUGACAUCCUCGCUGGCUGCGGUAAAGUCGGCAUCAAGGUGCCGCAAUUUUCGUUUUCACGUCUCGCUGGAGCAGAUGUUACUCUGGGAGUUGAGAUGGCUUCGACUGGUGAAGUUGCUUGCUUUGGUGACAACAGAUACGAGGCUUAUUUGAAAGGAAUGAUGAGUACUGGGUUUCAUAUACCAGAAAAAGGAAUUCUGUUGUCAAUCGGCAGCUUCAAGCACAAAAUGGAAUUACUCCCAUCGAUUCGCAGCUUACAUAAAAUGGGGUACAAAUUAUACGCUAGUAUGGGAACAGCAGACUUUUACACUGAGCAUGGAGUUGAUGUUGAACCGGUGCAAUGGACUUUCGAGAAUAUUGAUGUCAAUGAAGACUCAAGUCCCAGCGAAUUGCGUCAUCUUGCCGAUUUUCUUUCUAAAAAACAUUUUGAUCUGGUCAUUAAUUUGCCGAUGCGCAAUGGAGGAGCACGUCGGGUCUCCAAUUUCAUGACUCACGGGUACCGCACGCGAAGACUCGCUGUCGAUUACUCAGUACCUUUGAUAACUGAUGUCAAGUGUGCCAAACUUUUAGUCGACGCCAUCAGCAUGCUGAAAGGCGAAGCGCCCCGUAUGAAGACUCAUACUGACUGCUUAUCAUCAAGAAGAAUGAUUAAAUUACCGGGUUUCAUUGAUGUCCACGUGCAUACACGUGACCCAGGUGCUACGGAAAAAGAAGACUUUGCUUCGUGCACAGCAGCAGCUUUGGCCGGCGGCAUCACUAUUAUUUUUGCGAUGCCCAACACAAACCCCGCAGUGGUUGACCAUCAGUCAUUCGCCCUCGCCAAGGAACGGGCUGCUCUGGGUGCACGCUGUGACUACGCUUUAUUCUUGGGUGCCUCUUCGGAAAACUACACUCUGAGUCCUGAAAUAGCGCCGCUCGCAGCAGGAUUGAAAAUGUAUUUGAAUGAAACGUUUACCACUUUGCGACUCACUGAUUUGAGCGUUUGGGUGAAACACUUUGACAGCUGGCCAAAAAAGUACCCGCUUUGUGUUCACGCAGAAGGACAGACCACUGCGGCGGUCUUGCUUCUUGCUAGUUUGCACAAUCGACCUGUUCACGUUUGUCACGUCGCUCGGAAAGAGGAGAUUCAAAUAAUUCGCGCGGCUAAAGAAAAGGGUCUCGCUGUUACUUGUGAAGUUUGUCCGCAUCAUUUAUUCCUGUCUUCGAAAGACUUGGAGCGUAUCGGGCAUGCCAAAGGACAGGUCAGACCUAUUCUGGGAAAUCCUGAGGACCAACAAGCUCUUUGGGACAACAUGGACAUAAUCGAUUGCUUUGCAACCGAUCAUGCUCCGCACACUGUUGAAGAAAAAGAAAGUGAGAAACCUCCGCCAGGCUACCCAGGUCUUGAGACUAUUUUACCUCUCCUUCUAAACGCCGUCUAUGAGGGAAGACUAACAAUGGAGGAUCUCAUUGACAAAUUUUACCGUAAUCCUAAAAAAAUAUUUAACAUUCCCGACCAACCAAAUACUUAUGUAGAAGUUGAUCUCGACGAAGAAUGGACCGUGCCAACCGCGAUGCCGUUUACCAAAUCCAAAUGGACGCCAUUCGCUGGAAUGAAGUUACGGGGACGUGUCCACAGAGUUGUGUUGAAAGGAGAAGUCGCCUACGUCGAGGGACAGAUACUAGUUAAUCCAGGAUUCGGACAGGACAUACGAGAAGUCCAGAGAGCCGCCAAGAGCCAGACGUACCUCCAGGCACCGAUGAUCGACGUAACGAGCCGACCGAAUUCAGCGCUCGACCGUCUCCUCUCACCAAACUACGAGAAACAUAACGGAGUCCAAGAAAUACCCAUCGACGAGACCAAUGAUUUCUCUUAUUUAUUCCAAUCAGUAAAAGGAAACGUUCACUUCGCACCCGAAGUUGAGGCACGAGAUUCCGCUAAAAUUACCCAGCGAUGCGUGUCGCCGCUACUCACGACAGCCUCAAAAGAUCAGCGAACUAUUUUCAAUCAAGUGAUACCUCCACCAGUCCAUUUACAAACCAGUCACGGACUAGCCGGGCAACACAUUCUCACCGCCGAUAUGUUUUCUAAAGAACAACUCAAUGAUAUAUUCAAUGCCGCCCAAACUCUACGCAUUGCUGUGAUGAAAGAGCGAUCGCUGGAUCACAUUUUACGAGGCAAAGUCCUGGCAUCAAUAUUCUACGAAGCGAGCACACGAACUUCGUGCAGUUUUUCUGCUGCGAUGCAGCGUCUUGGCGGUCGCGUAAUUCACAUGGACGGUUCUACGUCCUCCGUUAAAAAAGGAGAAAGUCUCGAGGACUCGGUUGCCGUAAUGGCUGGUUAUGCGGAUGCCGUUGUCCUACGACAUCCCGAACCCCGAGCCGUCGCACGAGCAGCUCAGCAUUGUCGCAAGCCCAUGAUAAAUGCCGGAGACGGUGUAGGUGAACAUCCCACGCAAGCGCUGCUUGACAUAUUCACUAUUCGUGAAGAAAUCGGUACUGUUAAUGGUCUGACCAUCACCAUGGUCGGCGAUUUGAAGCAUGGAAGGACUGUCCACUCCCUCGCCCGAUUACUCACACUCUACAAUGUUAAUCUGAGGUACGUAAGUCCACCAGGGCUCGGAAUGCCCGAUCACGUUGUGAGCUACGUCGCCCAGCGCGGAAUUCUUCAGGAAAAAUUCGCCAGCCUUGAAGAGGUUCUCGCUGAUACUGAUGUCCUCUACAUGACACGCAUCCAGCGCGAACGCUUUGUCUCCCAGGACGAGUAUAAUCAGGUUUGCGGGCACUUUGUCGUAACUCCGCAGCUGAUGACCCGAGCCAAGAGGAAGAUGGUCGUCAUGCACCCCCUCCCACGUAACUUUGAAAUAAGCCCAGAGUUCGAUACCGAUCCGCGGGCUGCUUACUUCCGUCAAGCUGAGUGCGGUGUUUAUGUGCGCAUGGCACUCCUGGCGAUGGUUCUCGGACGUUGUUAAAUUUUUCCUUAAAAAUAUUAACUCAUCCUUUGGUAAAUUUGCUCACUAUCACGACCUUGUAUUCCCGAAUUCACUGAUGACCUUCAACGAAAUCUAUAAUCGCAUUCCACAAUCAAGUUUAUUUACGGAAAUUUUUUUUUCACCGACCAGCCGUCGGCGUUCAUAUUUUUUAUAUUAACAUUUACAAAUAAAAAAAAAUGAUAAUAAUAAUUAUCACUUCCUACAUUCGAUAUAAUUUUUUUAUACAAUUGUUAUUGGAUUUAAAAAUAAUAAUGGCUUUGGAACGCAGGACUUCCAUAUUAAAUAUCACAAAAAAUAUUUUUUAUCAUAAAUAUAUAAUUAAUUAGUAUACAUUAUGCAUAUUAUAAAUGUAAAGUACACUGCAUUAGUACGAAUAUUGUAAAUGCGGGCAUAAAAAAUAAUAACUUUGG